AUGACCAAGGCAUGGGAAGAUACCCGUAUUUACGGGUAUAAUCCAGACGACCCGACCCAGAGCUUCUCUCAUUUAUCCCCUGAUCUCAGCUGGGGCGCAUCCGCAGAAUUCGAAACGUUCAUGCCCAAUGGUGUACCUGUCUCUUCCUACCUGUCACCUCGCGCCCGGGCGAAUCACUUGGCAGUGCGAGGCUCUCCGGGCGCCACGUCGACUAGCUUGCCCCACCAACAGAACGCCUCGAAUGCUAGGAUUGCUGCCGAUCUGAAUCCCUCCCAGGAACCGGCUAUAAUUUCCCGGGGACGAAACAACACUCGACGCAGCGCGAGAAGACGCCAAACCAGCGCUUCCCCUUCGCACAACCACGACGAUCCACAGUUCCAAUGCAAAUGGGAAGGCUGUGGCUACCGCGGCACUUUCAAACGGGAAUCUUCCCUCGUCCGCCACAUUCGGAAGAUACAUAUCAGCCCUCUCGCUCAUCCAUGUCCAGUAGAGGGCUGUGGGAAGGCUUUUAAUCGUGCGGACAAUCUGGCUCAGCAUACACGAAACAAUCACUACGCUUACAGGGAAUCCCUGUAA